UAUAUGUUUGGUAUGUAAACACGGUGGGCGGGCGGUUUUCCAUUGACCACUGUUGUUUGCUUGUAUGUCGAGGGUUUGAAACAAAUAAAGACGUGACAGCACUCGUGCCACAACAACAAGAGAGCAAUGGACAAUAUCCUUCACACAGAGUUUGAUAGUACAGGGGAUGUUACAGAUUUAAAUGACGGAGAAAUAUUUGAAGAAAAGUCAAGCGAAGGUUUGGCAGCGGCUGUGCCGAAACCUCUUUGGAUAUUUGGGCCAAAGUUUAGUUGGUAUCCAACCUCAAAGUCUCCAAAGUCAAGAAAGAAAAUUAAGAAGAAGAAAUCGAGCAUAGACAGGACUGUAAAUCCAUAUGAUAACUUCAUGAAAAGACAUCUUCAGCAUUAUGGAUAUUACACAGGUCGUAAUGCAUCGUUUCGAGAUAACUUCCGUAGUUUGCAAGAAUGGCGACGAAACUACGACGCACGCUUGAGUGGUUAUCAUGAUCUGUCUGUUCCCGAUGAACAGUUUGGAAAGAAUGGACAAAUUAUUGAAGGACCUUUGUUUUCAAGUGAGGGCCAAUUACCCGAUGACCUUCUCCACCGAACCACCCAGCUUGUGUUUCACUACCAAGCUGGUAGGAAGAUACCAAAGUUAAGAGAACCAAGGAACCUCUAUGCAUUAACUAAAGAAGCUGGCCCUCAACAAGCUACAAGGUGGCCUUCCCAUAUGCAGGUAGUGUGCCCAGCUAUUCGAUUCCUUGAAUACAAUCCUCCUAUCCCCGAUCCUCUGUACAAACAUACAGGGAAAGAACCGACCCCUGCUGUGAGGGGGCCGCAGUUGGGUGAAAUGAUAUACUAUAACGACCCGGGUCGUGACCUUUACUUCAUGCGCUCUCGUGUGGCCGGUUGUCGUUUAGCGAUGGUGAGCACAACACUGACACCUAGGGAAUAUCCUGAAGACAACUUAACCCUGGAGUUUGAAUCGAGAUUCGAGAGCGGAAACUUGCUUAAAGUGGAUAAGCUGUCAGAUUUCGAGUAUGAACUCACACUAAGGACCGAUCUCUACACCAACAAACACACACAGUGGUUCUUCUUCAGGGUUCGAAACAUGAGACCAGAGCAAACGUACCGCUUCACGAUCGUGAAUCUCAUGAAACCAUCGAGUCUCUACAAUCACGGGAUGAGACCUGUGUUUUACUCAGAGAUGAACGCAAAGAAAAAUAAGGUGAUGGUUGUGGUUUAGGUUUUGCAUCGUUAAAAAGAGGUGGUAAUGGAACGUAACUUAUUUAUCCUUACAUGGCAGCAACUACAGUCAAUAUAAUAUGAAUGUUCUGUUUCAUACUCAUCUGUUCCAGUUUAUGAAGUAUGCAUAUGCAU